UCGACUGAAACGAUUUAAAGAAAAUAAUGAUUCAGUUGAGUUCACUAUUUCACAGCGCACUGCUGCAUCCGCUCACACACCGGUUUUCGAUCUCAUUCAGACAUCUGCAUCUAUCGGUCCCAUUUCGUAAGAAGUCAGCAUACAUCAUCUCGUAAAGUCUCGAACGGGUCGUUUAAAGAUGUUGGCGUGCACUGAAAUGAUCACGAUGUGUCUCCAGUCGGCGAAGCGCGAGCAUCUGCGCUCCAAACAGCAGCAUCAGCACCAGCAUAAGAUACAGGAUGCGGCUCACGGGCUGUCCAUCUUUCACGACAUUUUCCGUCGAGCUGAUAAAAAUGAUGAUGGGAAACUGUCCUUCGAGGAGUUUAAAGCUUACUUUGCUGAUGGGAUUUUAACAACCGAUGAACUACGAGAACUUUUCUACUCCAUCGAUGGACGACAAACAAAUAACCUCGAUACAGACAAACUAUCAGAUUACUUUUCUCAGCAUCUUGGAGAAUAUCUGGAUGUUCUGUCUGCAUUAGAAAAGCUCAACGUUGCUGUUCUGAAGGCAAUGGACAAGACGAAGGAGGAGUACCAGGAAUCAUCAGUUUUGGGUCAGUUUGUGACCCGUUUUAUGUUGCGUGAGACAUCUUCUCAGUUGUUGUCUCUCCAGAUGUCUCUGCAGUGUGCAAUGGAGGCUGUGGAGGCGCAAAGCAGCACCACUCCAGUUGAGGUUAAUGUUCCAGAUCAUCUGGCGAUUCAGAAGAACAACAGAAGAUGUGGUCGUCGAGUGCAGAAGAACAUGUGUCUGUCUCCCACUGAUCCAUACUCUGGCAUACUCACUACAGGUGUUACUGUAGAUACAGAUGAACACUGGUGCUCUCAAAUCAACAGACUCCAGCAACUCAUCGACAAACUGGAGUGCCAGAGUCCAAAGUUGGAGCCAUUGAAGGAAGAUCCACUGGCCAGCACAUAUAAAUCCAACAUUCUGCUGGUUCAGAGGCAGAUGAUGGUUUUGGAGAAUGAUCUAGAAGAGUUUCAGAAGGCUUUGAAGACUUAUGCACAUUCCACCUCCAAUCAGAAUGACAAUCUACAUGUAUCCAUUCAGAAACUGCCUGAGAAAAGCUGCUACAUCAUAUAUGAGUUUUGGCAGGACCGUAUCUCCUGGAUGAGUUAUCUGCAGUCUGACAGCAGUAAGAUGUUUCAGCGCUGUAUUAUAGACCUGCUAGAGGAUCCAGAAGUGGUGUCCACCAUGCUCAUGCCAGCGUCCUGGUGGAUCAUGACAAACAACUAAAAACAACUCACAGCUGAACCUGAGUCAUAAAACCGACCCUCGUGUGAACUAAUAACUAGCUAGAAAACACAUCUGAUGAAACAUCUAUACAGAUGACAGACGUGUGCGGUUUUUGCCUUGAGUUUUAUCUGCCACUUUGCUUCGAUGAUAAAACAACCUGAAACUUAUGAAAUUGAAUUAAGGGUAGCAAACAGAUUGCAGAAUUGUAAUUUAAGGAAGUUGAAGAGAUUUCUAUGACGCUGUACAUUGCAUUUCAAUUAUCAGUAUGAAUCAAUUCAUUUGAAAUGUGAUUCAAUAUUUAUUUCAUUUCUUUAAAGCAGUGUGGUGUUUAUUUAGUUGUGCAAAAGUUAAAUAUGGAUUGCUUUAAUGGCUGUGUUAUUUAUUAGAUCCAGUGGAAAAUGUGUAUGAUAAAUAAGCUAAAUUCUUCUUCCUGUUAUUCCAAUUCAACAUCAUGUGGGUGUGGCCGAUUCAAAUUCAAAGUCAUGAAUUGAAAUGAAGCUCAAUCCUAAAAGAAGUUUAUCUGUGAUAAUAACACAGGCAUGAUUGUAAUAAUACUCACAUGCAUGUCAAAGCAGAUUUUGCUCCAUGCAAUGAAUGUUGCAACUCAACGAAUGAAAUUCAAGACUUGUAAAUAAUUUAAAAACACUUACAAAACAAAAUCUGCUACAAAUGCUUUCAAGUCAAACUCUUGUGGGUAGCGUAAGGACUUCUGUUUAAAACUGCAUGCAAAUAAGAGAUAGAUGAUUUCAAACAUCAGUGUUUGCUAUCAGACAACGUUUCUGAACAAUUAAGUCUGAAAUAUUCGGGUAGAGUAGAUAUGUUAAAGGAGGUGUGAAACUUUUCAUGUUAUUUUUAUUCUGUAGAUAAGACGCUGCUUUGACUUCCUGUUGUUCGAUUGAUGUAAAAACCCAUUAGACAUUGUAUUGUUUAUGCAUCUUAACAAAUCUUUUGCCUUUUACUCCAUUGAAUGAAAAUUAAACUGAAAUUGUGAAAUAA